AUGGCAAAGUUCGCACUUGAGGGUGCGACCUCGGUGCUACUGGCUUGCGGUAUUCUCCUACUUAGCCAUGCUCAAGGCGAUCAGUGCACUGGAAACAAUCUAAGCAUCUCCAUGAAAAGUCGGCUGGAGUGCGGGAUAUUCCAGACAGUGCUGACCAACCGAACCGGAUGCAUACGGACAUGUCUGACAACCCUGAAAUGUUUCUCGCUGAAUUUCUACCAAAGUUUGACAAACGGCUCAGAGAUCUGCGAGUUGGUGGAUGAUGUACGGAAAAAUAAGCUACAUGGAUGCAUGAAAAAGCACCAGGGAGACCACACGGAAAUAGAGGAUUUCAAGCCCUGUCACCCGUCAAGAAAGUGCGAGACGCGCACAAGGAAAGCUCUCGAGGAAAAUUGGUACCAGCUGGGAUCCAAGAAGUUCAAGGCGUUCUCUGAGAAAAAGACCUGGCAUGAAGCAAAUGAAGCCUGUGGUAAUAUAGGCGCCAGCCUCGCUACAGUGGCUAAUGAGUUUGAGAGCCAGCUGAUUGGCGAAGUGUUAUUGCCUCUUAUCAAGGAGAACCCAGUCAUCGAUGUGAAAAAGACGUUUUCGCCAAUUGGUUACUGGAAACUUGAUGGGUCUGACAAUACAACCUCUGGCUUGAGCCUUGCUGGUAAGGUGGCAUACGUCAAAGACGAAGAAACUAAGACAACGGUGCUUCACUUUCCUGGGAUUUCAAGUGAUUACGCCACGACCCCUCGCUACGACUUGAGCGCAGACUUCACGAUCGCCAUGUGGGUGAAAGUUUUCAAGAUUGAGAGCAUGUUCCUGUACUCGUACUGGGCGUCAAGCUUAAGCUUGUUUCGUUUUGUAUUGACACCUGACGGGAAAAUUGAAUUCCAAUCAAAUGGACUUAUCAUCACCACAAGCAGAAAAAUCAUUCCAGAGAAGUGGUACUUUAUAGCGGUAAAUUGGAAAAGCCAAAAUAGAGACUCAAGAAUCUAUUUGGACGGAUUGAAAGCUGCUCACGUUUCAGGCGUUUUUAACGGAGAAAUGGCACCAUCAACUGGCCUUACAAAUUACUACAUCGGGUUAAAGCUAGAUAGCAAUGGACCAAUUCACGCACGAAUUGCACAUCUGAUGGUGUUUGACCAGAGAUAUUAUGGACCGGACCUAAUUGAGAUUCGAGAUGCCACCAUAUUCGGCAAAGAGGCCUGGCUAGGACUAAACUAUAGGAAUACUGAGCAGGAAUUUAUCUGGCCAAAUUCUGAGCCUGCCACCUACAAAAACUUUGCCCCAGGUUACCCUGACACCCCAGGGUCUAACUGUGUGGUAGCGAGAGACUGGGACAUAGGCAAGUGGGCUGACACAAAAUGCUCCUUCAAGCGGCCAUACAUCUGCACAAAGCCAGCAUGAACUUAUUGGCUAACACUUGGAAUCACGUAGACUGCGCGAAAACUGCGUGAUGAUUGCGUGACAGUUGCUCGACAACUUCGUGACAGUUGCGUGACAUAGUUUGAUGCAUGCUUCAAUUAUACGAAUAAGUUGGGGGUUGUUACUAAUGCUCGCCUUAUAUUAUAAUUAUUUUUUGGGGCCCGAAUGCUCGCCAUCGAAAACGGUGUGGCGGUUGUCUUUUUUCAUUAAAACGCUCUAAGAAGAAAAGAAAUGACAAAUUUCCGCUUACCUAGUUACGUUUGGCGCCCAGAGGAUACCCUCUUUUUAUCCGUGUAUAAUCCUACUCGAGCUUUUUUCGUUAAUGCUUUGUGGUUUCUCGCCGAGAAAAAAAGUCCAUUGCGGGGGCGCAAGGGGGACACGAGAGCCGCAAAACCGCACAGAAACCGCAAAACCGCACAGAAAAUCAAGAAAAAGAUCCGCAAAACCACAUCAGAGUGUUUGACUUGACGCAAUAUUGGGAUUCUUAUUAUUCUUAAAUUGGAACGGUUUUAAUGCCGUUAUGUACUUAUAAGAGACUGUUAAAGUACUUGCAUAAUUAUUUAAUCAGUAUUUGCAUGUCCUAUCCGCGAAGUCUCUUAUAGCAUGACAAGAGACACUUUUGUUUUUGUCUACUAGUCAGAGUAGAUUUGUAAUGAGGGUCGUUUAAAAUAAAUAUUUGUUGUUGCUGUCUCCAACAAAA